UAUAUAUGACGCCAAUACAUUCGUUUCCACCACUAUUGACCAAAAAAAACUUCUCUUUUCUCUCUCUCUCAGUUUCGGGGCAUGGAAGUUGUGCAUUCUGACCCGACCCAGGAUCCGGAAAGCCGUUACGAUCCACGUUGCUGCUCCUCCUCCUGUUUCCCCAGCUUCCGAUCCAGAAGCUCCUCCGCCUGGGGACGAAUUCGCGCCUCCGACGAUAACAGUAACAACCACGGCAUCAUCCCCGACGAGCCGCGGUGGUGGAAACGAGCGGCUCUCAAGAUCCGCGAGUGGUCGGAGAUCGCGGCCGGUCCGCGGUGGAAGACGUUCAUCCGGCGGUUCAACCGCGAUCCGCGGCGGGGACGCGACUGGGACGCCGGCGAGAAGUUUCAGUACGAUCCUUUGAGCUACGCUCUGAACUUCGACGGCGACGGCGGCGACGACGACGACGAGGACGAGUACGUCGGGUUCCGAAGCUUCUCCUCUCGCUACGCCUCCGUUCCGCCGGUGCAGUCUGGGAAAGCUCAUGCGUUGACGGCGCGUAACGAGGUGUUGGAGAGUUAGUGGGCGCGUGUGGGAGACGCGUUUGUUCGUUACCUGGCUGGCGGCUGGUGGUGGUGGGAAAAGCUGUCAAAAAUGGUUGACUGUUUACGUUUUGUUUUUUAUUAUUUUUGUGAUAAUUAAAGAUACAAUCAACUCUUAACUUAUUUAUUUAUUAUUAUUGUUUUGAUACGUUUUCUGGAGAUAUAAUGAUGUAAUUAGCUGUACAGCAUAUGUGGGGGAGUAAUGUUUAAGUUAAUCAUAUGGUUUUUAAAAAAAUUAAUAAUAUGAUUAGAUGCUUGCUUGGCAUGAUUUGUUUA